AUAGAUGAGUGAAAAUUGUUUUUUUUUUAAAAAAGUCAAAAUUAGUCCAAAAUAUUUGUGGGAGUUGAAGCGAGCUUGAACCCUCGUGACGUCUCCAUGUUGCGUCCGCCGUCGGGCCAGUCCACCGGGAGUCUGCCGCACCCGCGCACCGUCGCCGUGCAUGGGCGCCUCGCAUGAGGGGAGGGCACUGGGCAGGCAGGGCGGCAGACACACGCCAUUGGUAGAGUUGAGCGCCAAACUUGUUGACUCAGAAGCGCGCGGCUCGUCAGCGUCCUCCUCCUCUUCUUCCUCUUCCUCCUCUUCCUCCGAUCUGAUUGCACGCGCCGUUCAGCGGGGAAUCAUUUCUCCUCAUUCUCCACCUCCCCCCACAACAACCAUUGUUUUUAUUUUUUGGUUGUUCUUUACGCGCAUCUUUCUCAGGUGGAUUCCAACCAAGCCGCCGCCCUCCAUUUAGGAGCCCCAAUUUCUCCACUUGAAAAAAAAAACCCGGUACUGUCUGAGAGAUGGCUUUCAUGGUGAAGCACGUGGUGGGGGGCCAGCUGAAGAAUUUGACGGGCGGGCUGACGGAGGAGAAACCCGAGGCGGAGAAGACGGAAGCGGCGGCGCAGGGGAUGACCCAAGAGGAGUUCGAGCAGUACCAGCAACAGUUAGAGGAGGAGAAACAAGAACGAGAGGCUAAUUUUGCCCAGAAGAAAGCCGAGCGAGCCACCGUGAGGAGUCAUUUUCGGGACAAGUACCGACUACCAAAGAACGAGCUGGACGAGACCCAGAUUCAGCAGGCGGGCGACGACGUGGUCCUCCCCACCGAGCUGGCCAAGAUGAUCGCCGAAGACAACCAGGAGGAGGCGCACAAGCAGUCGGUGCUGGGCCAGCUGUCCAACCUGCAGAACGUCGACAUGGACCAGCUCAAGGACAAGGCCCAGGCCACGCUGGAGGACCUCAAGAAGCAGACAGAGAACUGCAGCCUCAUGUGAUGUCAGGAAACAAAGAUUGCUCACAGGCGGAGCUUCUUGGAAGGAGGAAGUAGCAGCCUAAGUGUUUGUUCGCGUCGCGCACCAAUUUCAAAUCCUGUUACGGUUUAAAACAACUAUUUUGCUCUUGAUUGUUUUGAUUAUUAUUUAUUAGCAUUCGUGUAUUGGAACAUUGCUUUGUCAGAUUUUUUUUUUUUUUAAACACAAUCUAUGAGAAGUUAAUGCCCUGUACCAAUUUUUCGUACACUGACACUGACGUACGAACCCAAAUGAUAUGAUACUUAAAGGGCGGAGCCAGACACACAGCCGAACACUGAUUCGUUGACAGAAAAGAUUCACAGGAAAUAUCUAUUUCUUUGAUCUUUUGUGGGUCGUUUACAAAAACAAACCAAAACAGUUUUUGGUACCUUGGAGGUAUGGGACCAAUGUUUCAAUCAAAAACGGUGUCGUGUGAACAGUUCCCGAAGCUCUCUGCUCCGUUUUCCAGAAGCUCUUCCUCUGAGAAACCGAUGGUCUGUGUCAGUCAAGUCCUUCCUUUUUCGCUGCUAAACUCAGAGAAUUCCAACAUAAGAUGGAAAUCCGCAUCAUCAAGAGCUAAUUUGAUUUCGCUGACAAAGCCAUCCCGUUUAGGAGUACAGUAUACUGUAUUAAAUUUGGGCACUCGCUGUGGCUUUUUGCAGGGAUAAGCAUUUGAAAAGCACAAAAAUGGCAACGUUAAGUAAGACUUUGUCCGAUUUUAGUAUCUACUACUACCUGGAAGCUACAGUUAACAUUAAGCCUUUUUAAUGUUUUUUUGUUUUGUUUCGUUUUGUUUUUGAAUAAUUUAUUUUCACGUUAAUAACCUAUGACGUCUGAGAAAAUAAGCCAUGUGUCAAUUUAGGGACGUUACUGAGUGCAAUACAUGGGUGUAAAGACAUAGCUCCCCAAAAUUUUCCCAAAAUGAGCCAUCACCACCGAGUGGGAAAGCCUUGUCUUUGUGCUGAACAUGGAAGUGUCAUGAAAAAUACUCGAAAAUAAUACGUAAAACGCUGCUAAAAAAAGUACACAUGUAAAUGCUUUUAGAGGCCAAAGCGCGACAUGUGAGAAUAUUUGUGUCCUCAUAACGGCAAUAUUUUAUGUUGUGUGUACGCGCCGAGCUCAUUGUGUGGUGCCGUUUUGUGCCAGUGGAUUAGCUGUCGUCAAGUCGAGUGGUGUCCUCGUGAACCUUGUUAGCGCUAAUGCUAACACCGUGGCCAUCAUGGUGUCAUUUUCGGAGGGGUCCGAUUGUUGUAUUGGUGUUUGUGGACUUUUUGUGUAGCCAUGGCAAUAUAUACGCUUCUCUGUACCACUUUACAACAGGGGUACCCUUAUUCACGUGUCAAUAAUGCAACCAUAAAGCCUUUUCAGUCAUAAGCCGUUGAUCAGUGUUGCUCACUAUUUUGAGAGAUGAUGCUAUUAGCAUACUUCAGUGUGGACUCACAACCUUCAGCCAAGCCUAAAACCGAACCUACAACUGUAGGUUGACUCUGACCUCAACCUACACUAACCGCAACAUAAGCAGCAUCUGUUUAUGAAGUCUUAUAUGAAGUAUAACGGGUUCAGAAACUAAUGAAUAAUUGUCCAUGCUACCCUUACUGUAAAAGUGGUACUCACCUCACAAACCUGCGUUGCUUUGCCAAAUUUCUUUUCUGUGCUUUUAGCUUUUUUUUGUUUUUUUGCAAAUAAACUGGUGUGUAUGUGUGUGUUUGUUAAAAGCAAAUGUGUUAUCCAGUUGCAUUGAGGGACAGCGCUUUAUGGACAAUAAUAUUGUGACUGUUGGAAAUGUUCCUUUCCACCAAAUUCAACAGAGCACACCAUUAUGGCUCUGGCUUUAUGCAGUGGGAUGUCCAAAUUGGUUAAACCAUCAAUCAAAGGGUGUGUCUCAAUAUUUUUGUCCGUCAAAUGAAUGAAUGGAUGGACGCUGGGGAAAUCCUCAUUGCGCUGGUUCUUGUCACGUGAUGGUGAUAGACCAGUAGAUGUUCAUCAUGAAAAAUACAAGAAAAAGUAGCAAUAAGUUUUUUUUUGUUUGUUUGUUUUUGUUUUUUUAAUAUUGCUACUCGGACGUAUCUACUGUAAUAAUAAUAACAGUAUUAAUAAUCAUAAUAAUAAGAAUAAUAAAGGGGGAAGCGAAGCCAUAAGAAACGAGACUUGCUUGCUUUGUAUAAGUGUGUUUUGUCUUUCUCAUCAAAUAUUUCUGUCAUUCUGUCUCUGACGGGACUUUCAAUUGCAAUAAACAUAUUUUUGGAUAAUGUU